AUGAAACUGAAGAAAAACUCUGAUCAUACUUCAAGAGCAUGUGAGCACCAAGAAUCAGAUCCCUACUCCACUAUUUUUCCGGAUAAGAAUGUCAAACAUCCUUGUUUGGCUUAUGGAAACUCCACUCGUCUGCAGCACUUGGAUCUCUCUUCCAACAACUUCACUGGACGACUACCUCUCGGCCUUGGCAACUUGUACCGUCUUUCCUACUUAAGCCUGUACGACAAUUCUCUGACUGGUACCCUACCCCGCUCCUUGUUUUCCAUCCCAGCCCUUCACACCGUGUACCUCAACACCAAUCGACUGACCGGCACCAUCCCAUCCAAUGUUGGAAACGCCAGCGAGCUUGUGUGUCUGUGGCUCUACGGAAAUCAGUUGUCAGGGACCAUUCCGCCCUCCAUAGCAAACUGCACUUCCUUGCAAGAACUCUAUUUAGGUGACAACCAGUUGGUUGGAUCAUUACCGGACGCUCUCGACAGUCUUGAGCACCUGGUUUAUUUCGAUGUAAGCAGCAACAUGCUCAAGGGCAACGUUCCUUUCGUUUCCGGGAGCUGCAAAGAGAUGGACACAUUUGUUUUCUCUUUCAACAACUUCACGGGAAGCAUUCCACCAGCUUUGGGAAAUUGCAGCAGCCUAACACAAUUUGCUGCUGUCAGUUGUGCCUUAACCGACCCAAUUCCUCCCUCUUUUGCCCAACCAGGAAACCUGAUGAAUCUUUAUCUCUCGAACAACAGGCUGUCAGGAGAAAUUCCACAGGAGCUGGGACGGUGCGCGUCCUUGGUUGAUCUGCGGAUAGAGGAAAACCAACUAGUAGGCCAAAUUCCAGUUGAGCUAGAAAAGCUCAGCCAGCUGCAGAGCCUGUUUCUCUUUACCAACCAUUUGACUGGCGAAAUCCCUCUUGAACCCAGAGAUCAGAAGCUAACCAGUUUCACAUUCUUCUUUGCCUUUUCAGAGUUGAGUAACUGGUCAUGGCUUCCAGUUUGCUCUGAGAACUACUGCCACUACUAG